CACGUGCGCCUUGCUGUCUCUCCGUUAUCGCUUGAGAUCUCCAGCCUUACCGCGGCUCGAAAUGGACCCCAACUGCUCCUGCACCACUGGUGGCUCCUGCAAGUGCAAAGAGUGCAAAUGCACCUCCUGCAAGAAGAGCUGCUGCUCCUGCUGCCCCAUGGGCUGUGCCAAGUGUGCCCAGGGCUGUGUCUGCAAAGGGGCGUGCAGCUGCUGUGUCUGAUGUGGGGACAGCUCUUCUCCCAGAUGUUAAUAGAAC